AUGAGGAUAAAUCUGAGGAUCGAGGAGUUCUAUGCCAAAUCUUUUGUACCCGAUGAUAUCCAUUUGGACUAUGCCAUUGACAAUUUUGAGAAAAUUAAUUUUAAUCUAACAGUUGAAGUUCCUUUUCCUGGGAAACUCCUAAUGAAUAUUUUCGUAAGGAAGCUGUCGGAUAUGGUGGGUGGAUCCGAUCAAGUAGAUCUAGUGCGUUUCAAGAACAAAGAUCUCUGCAAGCUCCUCGAUGCCCUUCGCAAUAUCACACUGGGGGAGAUCCCAGGCGAAAGUCUUUUGCCCGCGACCUUCGUUAUCUCAUGUCCUUUGGUUCCAGGCUUCUACUAUGUGCAAAGUAGCACCAUUGAUGCCAAAUUGGUUCCCUUUCGAAUACCGGAUGGCAGAUAUUUGGUACUUUUGGAGCUUAUACAAGUCUAUGAAGAAGUUAUCAAGAUUGUUUCCUGCAGGAUCAAGUUUGCCAUGAAGUACCCACCUGGAUAUACUGAACCAUCAGUGUUUAAAAGCAGCGAGGAAAAGUAUGAAACGACUAAAGAUCCCAUAUUAGAAAUUGAUCAGCCAAGUUCUGAGGACACCGAACCUAACGAAGAUUCAACCGAUUACCAGUAA